UGGCUAUUUUUUACUACAAUGUAGUGAUAGAUUUGCAGAUUCCGUUACACUAAACUACCUGCAAUGAAAUGCAAUGCUUUAUUUUUGUGGCCUUCGAUGUCUUCUCAGCUUACUUGUUUACUCUUUGCUGAUGAUGUCAAAGACUUGUGCGCUUAUCACUUCCAGCGGCUACUCGCGGUCAGUUGAGAAAAAAUAAGAAUCACAAAUCAAUUGAUUCUUUGUGAGCCGCAUUAUUUCCCGUGAGCACUUAUGUAUGUAUGCACUUUUAUAUGUAAAUUUACAUAUUUACACAUGAACUUAUACAUGCAUUGAAACAAAAAUCCAUUUCUCUCCUAUAAGUGCACAAAUAUACAUGCACACAUACAUUUUAUGCGACUUAUUUGCUUCACAAUAUAUUUUUGAAUUCCCGAUGCACCUACUUGUACAUAUUUGGCAUGCGAAGCAUCUUUUCGCGUCUUAAUAUCAAUGCUUUAGUACAAAUUUGGUGUUUAACUGGUAUGGAAUGGGCGAAGAAGAACUGCAGCCAAGCGUCAUGUUUUCGUUUUACUUCAUAAGAGGAAUGUUGUUAUUGUUCAAUUUAUUGUUAUGGCUCGUCGGUCUUUUAAUCAUUUUAACCGGCAUCUGGUUGCAUACCGAUUUUCAAAACUAUUUAAGAAUCAGUGAAGGGUAUUCGAUUUAUGUGCCCUACAUUUUGCUCGUUGUUGGUGGUGUCCUGGUGUUUGUUGCUUCGUUAGCUUGUUCAUGCAUAGUGAAGAUCGAUCCCACCAUGUUAGUCAUUUAUGGCGGUUUUCUCAUUGCUGCGAUGUUCACUUUAAUACUAUUGUCCAUCUAUAUUUAUGCUUAUAAGGAUAAUGUGAUCGCCGGGUUGCCGGACGGUAUUGAGACGGAGGUGAAGAACUACAAUGCUUAUCAGAAGAGUGAUACACGUGGAAUCAACGCAACUCUAAUUGAUUUCAUUCAAAACAGUCUGGAAUGUUGCGGUGGUCAGAAUCAUCUUGACUGGGCGAAAAAUUCUCUACCCAAUUCGUGUUGCUGGAAUGAGGGUGCAACUGGAAAUUACUGUUCAGCAAAUCAAACGGGACUUAUGCAUGAAGUGGGUUGCAUACCGAAACUGGUACGUUUAAUUAAUACAAACCUCACUAGUAUCGGUGUAAUGCUUUCGGUGCUGGCUUUGUUUCCUCUAUUUGCAAUGGUAUUCGCCUACUCAUUGGCAUCCGCAACCAGACGAAUCGGCUAUCAAAGUAUAGUUUGAGUCCUGCCAAUGGCUCAAUGGCUCGUCUUGAAAGAAAUAUUCGUUUUUCAUAUUUUCUAUGUUUUUUUAAUCUGAAUGUAAAUUACAUACAUAUUAAGCUAUGAAUUUAAAUAUGGCAUUUAAUGGUAAAUAAAUAUCCUACAAGCAAGCGUAAUGCUAAUAAAAUAACA